UCGCAAUCUAAACCUAACCUCAAAAAUACAGUCAUGGUCUUCACAAUAACAUUUUCUGCUUUAUUUAGAGGCCUGUGUACAAAAAGUGCUCCGAAUGAAGCACUUAAACUGUAUAAACACUUAUUGAGACAGUGUGAAAAGUUGCCCAAGGGGCCCAGAGAGCAUUACCGAUUUAUGAUAAAGCAGGGAUUUAUUCAGCACAUUAGUGAACCAGAUAAAGAAAGAGUUAAGCAGAUAAUCCAGAGAUCUUACGAAGAUUGUGAUUGGAUUUUAAAAAAGUACCUGAAACAAUAACAUGUUCCAAAUACCAUUAGCAACAAGUUCCACAUGCAUCCCCCAAGAUAAAUUCUGGGAUGCGGUCCUUCUCUAUCACAACAGACCCAACUUAGUGAAUCGCAAAAUCACCGCUGUAUCACAGGCUUUACUAUGUGAGGUUUGCUUUAAAUCCAACUUACUUGAGCGGCUUAAUAGAUCAACUUUACUAUAUCACCUGAGGAGGCUUUCGAGUAUAGAAACAGUUAACGAGGCAUUUUUGAAAUCUUUAUUGGAGCCUUAUGAUCAAACCCUUAAGCUUACCAGUAUCACUCUGGAUCAGUUUAAGGUGUUGAGAAAUGGCCAGUUUAUUUCCCUAAGGGUUUUAUAUCCGAGAGCAAGGAAUCACCCAAAAGCUAUGGAAAUCGUGUUAUUAGACAAGGAGAGAUGUAAAGUUACUUGUCUAGCGGUUUCUGAUACGCAGAAACACUUUAUUGCACCCCCGUUCCCUUAUCAGAUAGAAUUGGCAGAUAAUGGAAUUUUAAAAAUAAACGUGGGGUCAUUUGAGGACGCUGAUACGGCACAAGCAGAGUGGUUGGCAGACAAGUUAUUCACGAAAUUAUUGAAAUGGGUGGACAGUGACGAUUGCGAUAAUAAGAGAAUUGUGCCAAGUUUAUCACUUGUUAAGGCUGACGAAUAUUGUUUGACUUAUAAUAGGCUGAAGGAGCUUUAUGGAAAUGAUCUUGUUAAGAAAUGGCCUUCAAAGUCUGGUACAGAUCCGCAAAAGUACGUCUUCGAAGAUAUAGCGAUAGCGAGCUAUUUGAUUUGUUUAUGGAAGGAGGAUCGGGAUGUUAGUUUUAUCGAUUGUGGGUGCGGUAAUGGUCUUUUGGUGUAUUUAUUGAAUCAGGAGGGUUAUCGAGGCUAUGGAGUUGACGUCAGGAGACGACCUAUUUGGGGCAUUUAUCCACCAACUACGAAGUUAGAGGUGGGUACAAUAGGCCCUAAUUCAACCUUUCCAGAUACCAGUUGGAUCCUGGGCAACCAUUCCGACGAAUUAACCCCCUGGAUUCCAGUGCUGGCCCUAAAAAGUAAUUCGAAUUUUUUCGUUCUUCCUUGUUGCCCAUACGACUUCAACGGGCAAAAGUUCAUUCGGAGAAAUACGUCGGUGAGCGCCUACGCGGACUAUCUGGACUACAUCGAAGAAGUUUCCGAAAAAUGCGGAUUUUUCACUGAGAUCGAUAAGUUGCGAAUCCCUUCCACGAAACGGACCUGUUUGGUGGGAAGAGAAACUACUACAAAAACUACUAUGAAUAAGCAGCAAAUUUUAAAAGAGAUUACUGAGCUGGUCGAACAGAAAACUGCUGAAAACUUCGUACAAAGAUCCGAUACGGAGAAAGUGCGUAAUUGCACCAAACUCGAUCGAUCUCUUAUAAAGGAAAUAGUGCAAAUCUGCGUAGAAAAACUCCUCCAAGAAGAGCGUCAUGUAGAGAAACCCGAUGGUACUAAAUGGAAUCAAGGAACCCAAGUCAGAAUAUCGGAACUCAUAAAGGAAAUACCCUCAAACAUUUUAAAACAGCUCAAACAAGAGUGCGGCGGCCUUCAAACACUUUUAAAAAACCAUCGGUAUAUUUUUAAGGUGCUGAAUGGAAUAAUUAGUUUGCAGCAGCCUUGUUGCAUAAAGGAAACCGAAAAGUAUAAAGAUAAACCUUGUUGGUUCUUGAAAAAUCAUCCUGACGGUUGUUUUUAUGACAGUAGCGAGUGUGGUUAUAAACAUGAAUAAAUAACUUAGUUUUAAUACAUUAAAAAGCCUUACAUGAAUAA